AUGGAUUUUAGUAGAGAGAAAGUGAAGAACAAGGGGCUGAUCUUGAAAACCUGGGAGCGUUGCAAGUCGUUCGGCCGAGGGAGAAGAACUUCACCGUCCUCCGCCGGAAUCAAACGAUUCUUAACGAGAAAGACGAAAUCGUGGCCACGCCUGGAGGUUAUCUCCGGCGAAGAAGACGAGGACAAGGAGGAACGGCGGCGGAGCUUCCGACGGAAGCGGAGAGUGGCACCAGAAGGCUGUUUCACGGUGUACGUCGGAGCGGAGAGGCAGAGAUUUGUGAUCAGAACAGAGUAUGCGAAUCAUCCUCUGUUCCGAUCGUUGUUGAAGGAAGCGGAGGCGGAGUACGGAUAUAACUGCCAGGCGCCGCUGUCGCUGCCGUGCGAUGUGGAGAGUUUUUACGGAGUGCUGAUGGAAAUGGACGACGGUGCCGCCGAUGUCCGGUGUGGAUGUGGACAUCCUACUCCGAAGAGAAUUGGAUCUUAG